AAUUUCGAAUUGCUUUAAUUAAACGUACACAAAAAUUUAUAUUUCUCUACACUCAAGUUUUGCAUUAAAGUUUUAUAUAAACCAAAAUUAAAAACAGUUAAAAUGCAUGUAUAACAAAUAAAAACUUUGGUCUGGCUGGUGAUUUAUUUUUCUGAGGUUGGUCGCAAUAGGUGUCAUAUUUGAUGCACAAUUUGACGUUACAACUAAAAGAGGAAUUCAAAAAGUUAUUCGUUUUAAUUAAAAAACAAUCUUCAAUUUUCUUGGUGAUAUUACGUGCUUCUCAAUUUGUUUAGCUUUUUCCAUAAGCUUUUAGCAAGAAUUUUGCACCGUUGUAAGAAAUGACAACGCCGUUGGUUAAAUUUCGUGUAUAUGAAACAACACUCCAUGAGAAGCUUUUUACAAACAUCAAGAUUUUAACCCAUGUUUAUCCACCAAGUAAAGACUUUAAUGAAGUUUUCAAGGUGGAUAUGUUUAAGAAGAAUAACAAGGCUGCUUUUCAACAAGUUAUCUACUACCUUUUUACUGUCCUGGACCCUGAAUUAACGAAGGAAAAGAUAAAAUCGUGGCCGACAUAUGACGCCAAAGGAGACAGAGAAUUUAGACAAGAAGUUUUAUCAUUUAUUGAUCACAUAAACGAAAAAUAUGAAAGUGUUGAUAUUCCUAAGUUGAUGCCUUCUCUGCUUGUUUCACCUGGCGGCAUAAAAAUUGUAAAAUUUAUGCUGAAAAUGUCAAUACUAGUCACUUAUGCACAUUUAAAAAGGAACAAGGAACAAACAGAUUUACUAGCACCUAUCAGGUCUUCUAAAGAUCCAGCUAUUACUGAAACAAUAAUACAACAAAUUAAUAGAACAUCAUCAAUCGUAGAGAAAAGAACUUUUGAAAAUUACAACAAUUUCCACAAAUUCCAUGCAGAGGCAUUAGUGGAAGCUAAUAGAAUUGUGGAACAACAGGAGAAAAUUGAGAAGGAAUUAGCGGAAGUCAAUAAGGCGAUAGAAGAAGAAAAAAAGAAAAAUAUCAAACCCGUUGGUGUCGAAAAUGUGAAAGACUUGCAACAACAAAUGACAAACUUGGAAAAUAUUAAACGCAUGUGUGAACGAGCAAAAGAGCUUCUAGAAUGUGUUUCAGGUGGUAAACAAGUUCUGGAAUUUUAUAAAGAAAAUAUUAAUCCUGACAGGAUUAAACCUUUAAUUCAAACUGAUAACUUGAACUUGCUGCAAUUUUGUAAUGGCUUAAAUGACCGCCUUAGCAAGGAACAUUUACGAAUGCCAGCUUUUUCAAAGGAAGAUCUGAAGGACAUGAUUCAAUUCUUAUCAGGGCUUACAGAAAAAUAUAAACAACUUAAUUUAGUUUAAGAAGAAAUUGGAAGAAUUCUAGAAAAAAUCUAGUAAAUAAACUGCUAAGAAUAAGUCAUUUUUAAUGUACAUUUUGCAAGUUUCAUUUUUUGUACUUUAAAAAUGUAAAAAAUAAAUAUUAUGUAAUUACCAUU